CGGCUUUAAGCUGAUGAAGGCUGUGAAAUUUAUCGCUGGCUCCUCCUCCCGCGAUGAUGUCAAUCGGAGGUGGAGAGGUGGGCAGUACUAAGGAACUGAGUUCAUACAAUACAACAGAGAUUGCUAGAGCUCUGCGUACAACUACGGCAAAACGCCUAUUCCAGUGUGUGGAAGUGAUGCUGCACAUAUAAGCGCACUGUCCACCUGCUUCGUUGCACUGUCAGCCCAUGAGCAUUUCUCAGAAUAGACGAGUUGCUCUCUAUCACUCUGCCAAACCACGGGAUGACAUUAAAAUGACGUGUCCGGGGAUGUUUUAAAUGAUUUACAAGUUCUGUAGCUGUUAAUUAAAGGCACAGAAAGAAAGAAAACAACUUAACCAAACAGUUCACGUACAUGCGAGGAGCAUUCUCGCGCUUUCCCGUGCUGACUGUAUGAAUGCACUGAAAUAAGAAGUACAAACCCAUUUGGAGCAGCACCAUCUCUCCGCGCGCGUGGGAUUCAAGCAGUAUCCAGGCGCGAGACAUCUGAGGAAUUACAUCGUCUCUUCUAAAAGUCAUUCACAAAUGUUUUUCACUGUUCGUGCUCGGACCUUGGACUUUUUCAUGGACAUGGAUCGUUUUCUCUAGUUGGAUACCGACUGGUCACUAUACGUGAAGCUGUUUGAUUCUGGGAUUUUCUUCAGUCUGCUUCACGGCACUUCAUCUCCUCCAGCAGUGAUGCCGCUACGUGACGGGAAUUGAGAGUUUCCAUAUUCACUGAGAAAUCCGAGCAGAUCUUUGAAGAAAGUGCAGCACCUACUUUGAGUAUGGACUUAGCAAGUGAGGCCCAUGUUCUGGUGGUUUUAUUCACCUGCUUGUUCUUGAUGUGCCGGGCUCAAGAAAAGGACUACACCGUAAAAGAGGAGCAGCCGGAGAAUGUGCGCAUCGGAAACCUGCGCAAAGACCUAAACUUGAACCUGGAUCCAGACAUUAAACUGUCUUCUGCGCUGCAGUUUAAACCUGUCUACAAGACAGGUGAUGUGCCUUUAGUCAAGGUAGAAGCCAGCACAGGAGAAAUUCUUACCACAGCCAACCGAAUCGACCGCGAGAAACUCUGUUCUGGAGUCUUCAACGAGAAGCGCUGCUAUUAUGAGAUUGAGGUUGCUGUACUACCUGAUGAGAUUUUCCGACUGGUCAAGAUCCGCUUCCUCAUCGAAGACAUCAACGACAAUGCCCCACUCUUUCAGUCGACAGUUAUCAACAUCUCCAUUCCAGAAAACACAGCCAUCAACAGCCGCUACCCAGUCCCUUCCGCAUUUGACCCUGAUAUAGGAAUCAAUGGGAUUCAGCACUAUGAGCUUGUCAAGAGUGUGAGUGAAUUUGGCUUGGACAUCAUUGAGACACCUGAGGGAGACAAAUGGCCCCAACUCAUAGUCCAGCAGAGCCUUGAUCGAGAGACAAAGGACACCUUUGUGAUGAAAAUUAAAGUAGAAGAUGGUGGCAACCCUCCAAAGUCCAGCACAGCCAUUCUUCAAGUGACCGUCUCAGAUGUGAAUGACAAUCGGCCGGUGUUCAAGGACAGCGAGGUGGAAGUAAACGUUCCAGAGAAUGCCCCAAUGGGAACGUCUGUCACUCACCUCCAUGCUACUGAUGCUGAUCUGGGAUCCAAUGCUCAAAUUCACUUCUCUUUCAGCAACCAAAUAUCCCCUUCCACCAAACGACAUUUUGCUAUUGACAGCACAACUGGACUGAUUACCGUCAAGCAGCCACUGGACAGGGAAGUCAACCCAGUGCACAAGCUUAUAGUUCUAGCCAGUGAUGGAAGCUCUACACCUUCAAGGGCUACAGUGAUAGUCAACGUGACAGACAUUAAUGACAACGUUCCCUCUAUAGAUACCCGUUAUAUAAUGAAUCUUGUAAAUGGCACUGUGCUGUUGUCUGAAAAUGCCCCACUCAACACAAAAAUAGCCCUAAUUACUGUGACAGACAGAGAUUCAGAUCUGAACGGUAAAGUGACAUGUUACACUGAUCAUGAUGUACCUUUUAGAUUGAAGCCGGUCUUCAAUGAUCAGUUUUUACUUGAAACUGCUGCACCCUUAGAUUAUGAGACCACUCGAGAGUAUGCGAUUCGGAUAGUUGCAUCUGACUCUGGGAAACCUCCUUUAAACACUUCUGCAAUGGUGCUGAUUAAAAUCAAGGAUGAAAAUGACAAUGUUCCUGUUUUCCCCCAGCCUGAAAUCCAGCUGUCCAUCCCGGAAAACAAUGACCCUGGCACACAGUUGAUAAAAAUCAGUGCAACAGAUGCUGAUAGUGGUUCUAAUGCUCUUAUUAUUUAUAGUCUUGGCCCAGAUGCUCCUGAUGGGUUUAACAUAGAUUCUCGAUCUGGAAUUCUUUCUGUUGUCAAAAGGCUAGAUAGAGAGAAGCAGGAGAAGUAUUCAUUCACAGUCAUUGCAAGGGAUAACGGUACAACUCCUCUUCAAAGCAACGUCACUGUAAAGCUGAUAGUCCAAGACCAAAAUGAUAACAGUCCUGCCUUUACCCAUCCCGAGUACAACUUUUAUGUGCCUGAGAACCUUCCUUUGUAUGGGACAGUGGGUUUGAUCACUGUCACAGAUGCGGAUGCUGGCGACAAUGCAGUCGUCACCCUCUCGAUCAUUAACGGGAAGGACAAUUUCAUCAUUGACCCCAAAACUGGGGUGAUCAAGCCAAACAUUACCUUCGACAGGGAGCAACAAAGCUCCUACACAUUUGUUGUCAAGGCUGUGGAUGCAGGUCUAAUGCAAACCACCUCAUAUGCAAAGGUCACUAUAAAUGUUGUUGACGUGAACGACAAUCGACCAGUGUUUGUCAUCCCCUCCUCAAACUACUCCUAUGAUCUAGUACCUUCAAACACCAGCCCUGGAUCUGUGGUGACCAGAGUGUUUGCUAUAGAUAAUGAUACUGGGAUGAAUGCUGAGCUCCAGUAUAGUAUUAUUGGAGGGUCGCUGAGAGGACUGUUUACCAUUGACAAAACGACAGGCAACAUUACUUUGCAGGAAAAGAUUGUAGCAGCAGACCAAGGUCUACAUAGGCUGGUGGUGAAGGUCAAGGACUUGGGGCAGCCAGAGUCCUUACAUGCAAUUGCCCUUGUCCAUUUGUUUGUGAAUGAUACAGUCUCUAAUGCCACGUUCAUUCAGGAGCAACUACGCAAAAGUUUAGAGACUCCUUUAGAGCGGAACAUUGGGGACAAUGAUGUGACACCCCAGACUAAUGGCUAUGUAAUUGUCGUUAUUGCCAUAAUUGCUGGGACUAUGACUGUUAUCCUGGUAAUUUUUGUAACUGCUUUGGUACGCUGUCGACAGACACCGAGACACAAAGUUGUUCAGAAGAGCAAGCAAAGUGGCGAGUGGGUUUCACCCAACCAGGACGGUCGGCAGAUUAAAAAGAAAAAGAAGAAGAAGAAGAGGUCUCCAAAAAGUUUACUGUUGAAUUUUGUUACCAUUGAGGAAACCAAGUCUGAUGACCCUACUCAUGAACACGUGAAUGGCACCUUAGACCUACCUGUUGAACUUGAGGAGCAGACAAUGGGAAAGUACAACUGGGCUACCACACCAACUACCUUCAAACCCGACAGUCCUGACUUAGCCAAGCACUACAAAUCCGCUUCCCCUCAGCCAACAUUCCAGAUCAAACCAGAGACCCCUGUGGCUCCCAAGAAGCAUCAUGUCAUUCAGGAACUCCCACUGGACAACACAUUCGUGGUGGGCUGUGACUCGCUUUCCAAAUGUUCCUCCAGCAGCUCCGACCCCUACAGCGUUUCAGAGUGCAGCUGUCAAGGGGGCUUCAAGGCACCUGGACAAAUCCACACCAGACAGGAGACGGCACUGAAACCACCACUCUAUGGCACACUCUGUGGCACAGGUACAGCUCGCUCCCACAGGAUAAAAAUCAAUCUCUAGCUGCCAUUUCCUAAAGAGAGGGAGGGAGGGAGAGGAAGGCGCUCACUGAAGAGGUGAAAACGCGAACUGUACAGAUUCUCCAGCCUCAAACGAGUCCUAGACUAAUUUAACCGCCCGAAAACUCUGCUUGUGACUUGUAGGAGGUUUGAAAUGCUUUCUUUUUGAACUCUUUUGUCCUCAUUCACCGGUCGCACCGAAUAGGGCACAAGAGACACCUCCACUAUGCUUAUCCAAAUGGAACAUGAAUACAGCAAAGACCUCUGUAUAGGAUGUUUAUAUAUAGAUAUGUAUUUAUGUAUAGCAGCAGCAGCACAGUCCUUGUCGUCUGUGUGUCUAUUUAUUGAUUUUGUUCACUGAUUGACACAAAGUUCCUCGAAGCUUUGAUGUGCCUGGUGGUUGUUUCUGUUCUUUUCCUUCAGUCAUUUCUCUUCUUUCUUUUCCUUGUUCAAUCUUUCGCUCACCUGCUCUGACUGUUUCAUUUUCUCAUUCCGGGCCGGUUUCCGGCGGCAAACUCCAAGUCACUGAUUGCGACGGCUGUCCUCCUGUCCCAUCGCUUGUUAACACUGAAAUGCAUGGCCCUCCGUAGGAGGUACCAACACAGUUUGAUUGCGUCCACAUUUGGGACGUUGACGAUUCUAAUAGAGCCCUAAUGCUUUGCACAGCUGCAAUCAUAUGGGACAUCGUUCCCGCUUCCUAAUCAAAGAAUCCCCUUGUACGCGGUAGAAAAGGGACACCGGGUCUGACCUUUGUAUGUUGUCUGUUGUAGUCUGCUUUUACCAGAGCCAAUAUAACCUGUGAGAUGUAUUUAUAUGAUUUCGAAUAGAAAGCCUCCGGCAAUCUGUCAUACGAGAUGGUAGGUUUUAGUUACAUCACCUAGGUGUUUGUAUAUUCUGAAACUGACAUGCUAUGUAUUCAUACAGCCGAGAUGAGAAAAAAAAAUACAUAUAUUAAGUAGAAAAUACAAUAUUGAGCACGACUAUUCCGAUUUUGUGUCAACAGCAAUAAAUUUACAAUCGAACAAGAACUCACCCUACCUGAGCACUUUAAAGUCGUGAUAAUGAGCAUCCCACAGCUGAAGCUGUAGUCUUUUGUGAAACUUACCAGUUGGAUAUUUUCGUCCUGAAUGACUAUUACAUCACUAAUAAAUUGCUUCGAUGGAUAGCACUUUUGUUCAAGCCGCAAUUUACUCCUUUUUAGCAAAUGGAUGAUUUGUAGAAUUGUCUUUGGGCCCAAAUGUUUGACCUCUUAUUCCUGCGGAGGUAUCAGAUGUCUUAAUGGUGUCAAGUGUAACGCUCUGGAGUAGGAAACACAGAAUGACUCACACAUAAAACUGUAGCACUGUGCAAGAAACUAUUAGAUUUGCCUAGAUAUUUGCGAUAGACAAAGAACAAGAUGGCAGAAGGGAAAAAACAACCUUUUUUAAUGUAAGGGAGAUGGUCACAUCACUUUCAUUCUAUAUGAAGCACCUUACAUUAUCUUUGUAUUCUACUUUGAUUUGCCAACCUGUGAAGUAAACUGUAUAUAACUGUUUUAUGUAUGUUUGAGCUUUGGAAGUUUAUUAAAGUCUUUUGCAUUGUA